AUGGGCGGUCGUUCAUCGCGAGAUGGCAGUCCGGCGGGAGAGGAAUUGUCGGCGAUGGUGGAAACAAAACCUCUGCUUUCGCAGCUUCGUUUGAGCUUCACGAUCCGCGCCUACUCCACAAACAACCGGCGGCAGUCUCCACCAACUCCACUUGCCGACGAUCUACUCCGCCAAACUCGACCAACAGGGAAAGCUUACCUAAUGUCGAUGCAAAAGUUUGUGUCGCACUCCAUAUCUGGAGAUGAAAACGAUGAGGAUUCUGGUCGGUUAUUUGAUGAGCAACUUAACACAAGUUUAGCUGAUGACUGUGAAGCCGAUAGUGAUUAUAUUCCACAGGUUGCAUUUGCAUCAAUUCCUCAUGAAAAACAGAGUUUUCAAACAUCCUGA